AUGGCAGCGAUCGUGCCCAUACUAGGUGUAGCGCUCGGUGCUGUUGGGCUUCUGGGCGGCGCGCUGUACCUCAAGCAGGAGAAGCUUCUCUAUCUGCCGCAGAUACCUUCACGACACUACGAUGCGUACCCUGACCAGUUCGAGGGUCUCGCGUAUGAGGACGUUGCGCUGCGAGCUGUCGACGGUACACGAAUUCAUGCGUGGCUUGUGUUUCCAGUACGAAGUGAAACAGGUCAAAGGCCGCGGGUUACGAUCAUCUACUUCCACGGCAACGCAGGCAACCUGUCACACCGCCUGCAAGACGUGCGCAACCUAAUCGCAACAUGUCAGUGCAAUGUUCUGAUGGUCAGCUAUCGCGGCUAUGGAGAGUCGUCUGGCACGCCAUCGGAGCAGGGUUUCAAGCUCGACGCUUCAGCAGCGAUGGAGUUCUGUUUGAACGCCGGAAAACAUGCCGCAGCGGAUGAUAGCGGAACAUCCACAGCGGCAGGUCGGGUACCGUCAGCCCGUCUGAUCGAAAGCGACCUCCUCUAUGUAUUCGGGCGUUCGAUUGGCGGUGCCGUAGCGCUCUGGCUCGGUCGCAAGUACGGUUCCAAACUCCGCGGCGUCAUCGUGGAGAAUACAUUUACUUGUAUCGGCGACAUGAUUGACGUGGUUUUUCCACGAGGCCUGCGCUGGCUCAAGCGACUGAAUCGUAACCCGUGGAAUUCCCUGGCCCUGGUCGGCAAGAUCCGGUCUCCGAUUCUGUUUAUCAGCGGUCGGCAAGAUGAACUCGUACCUCCAUCGCAUAUGGAUGCUCUGUACAACGCUGCUCGAGCGGGUUCCUGCAUGCUUGCUCGAAUGGUAUACAUUCCUGAUGGAACACAUAAUGACACUUGGUAUCGAGGUGGUGAGCGUUACUAUCAGGCUAUCGCCGAUUUCAUCCAGGAAACCCGAGGACUGCGCUCACUGACAGACUGA